CUUGCAAGAAUAUAAAAAUGAACCCCCACGAAAGGUAAGCAACAGUACAUCCCUCGCACUCACUACAACUUGACGACAAAAACGGCCGCAAUCGCUUAGUGUUUGUAACGCGGCAACUAUUCUAAAUAAUCAGCACUUUUAACAACUUCUUCAAGCUAACAUGAAUCGUCACUACGCUAUUGGUUUGCUGGCAAUCUUUGGCCUCAUAGUCGCCACUAAUGCUGCAGCAUCCAUCAAUAUUUGUCAAGGUGUGGCCGAUAACAUUUUUGUAGCGGAUAUUACUAACUGCAGCAAUUAUUUUAUUUGCGUUAAUGGUCAACCGAUCGCUCAGCAAUGUCGUAACAAAUACUUCUUCAAUGGCAAUACGCAAUCGUGUCAGGCAUCCAAUGCGACCUGCUUGAAAUGUAAUGCAAGUGUAUUGAGUUCAGUCGCCUUAUCAAGGACUUGCAAUAAAUAUGCACUCUGCUUUGAUGGUCAACCAUUGCUACAACAAUGCGCUGAUGAUUUACAAUUCAAUCCACAAUUGAAUGCUUGCGAUUAUCCCCAAACUGUGGAUUGCGUUGCAAACCAGUGCUCCAUUUAUGCGAAAAGUCCUGUCUACGUUACCAGCAAGGCGUCGUGUUCGAAAUAUUAUAUCUGCAUGCAAGGUCAGCCACAAGCCCAAAACUGCCUCAGCAAUUUGGUCUUUAAUCCUGUUAAAAAUCAGUGUGAUCUGCCAGCGAAAACUAAUUGCACCAUUACCCCACCAGGCAAAGCACGUUCCUUGCAAACUGCCGCUAUGAUCGCUCCACGCAUGGUCGAUAUCAACUGCCCCACCGUGGGCAUUCUGGAGUUCGCACACGAGAACCCAAAUCAAUACUACAUGUGUGUGAACGGUAAAGGUGCUCUAAUGACUUGCGCUGCCAAUCUGUACUUUGACAAGGAUAUGGGUGCUUGCCGCCGCAAAGAGGAUAUACUAAAGAAUUAUUAAGUUUCUCUCGUACAUAAAUGCUCAAUGAAUGUGUGCAUUUGUUAGUUCUCCGAUAUUUUGUCAACACUUAAAAUUGUUAAAACAAGUUGUACUUGUUUUGAUCGAUAUGAAAUUAAAUAAAAUAAAGGUUGAGGUUAAAUGAAAAAAAAA